UGGAAAUCUAAUAACCACAUGAGCGCUGCUGAACUAGCUGUUAGAUUUGUGGAUUACUACUCGAAUUUUGAUACCUCACAACAUGUGAUCUAUAUAGAGAAGGGUUUAGCUUCGAGAAGGCGACAAGUUUCUGGGGAAGUCCGUCUACUACUGGUAGAUCCGUAUUCCAACAUGACGGUGUGUAGAUCUAGUGCAGCGGCGAAAGCAUUCGCUGAUGGCAUGGCGUUUCUGAGAAGAAAAAUGGCAAACGGGCUUUUUUUGGACUCGUUUCCCGCAUUCCCGGAAGCAUCAAUGUUUCAAGCACAGACUAAAUGGCAAUCAUGGCGGUUACACGUUCAAGAACGAAAACUUAUAGUUGAUAAAAGAGCGCAAGACCAAUCAACAGAUGCAGAGCUGCAAGAGGCUGACACAACUUGA